AUCUGCAGUUUUAUGAUUCCAGGUGAAGGAGUGCGGCUCAGUGGUGGCAGCGAUCUCUGCUCUGGGAGAGUUGAAGUACUGCGUGGGAGCGCCUGGAACACGGUCUGUGAUGCUGGCUUUGACCGGCGGGAUGCAGAGGUUGUCUGUCGGCAGCUGCAGUGUGGAAUUCCUCUAGAGGUGCUGGGAGCUGCUCGUUUCGGUAAGGGGCAGGGUCCGGUCUGGUCACAGGAGAUCCAGUGCAGGGGAGAUGAGCCCGGGCUCCAUGGCUGCCCCACCUCAGCCAGGGAGCAGCCAAGCUGCACACAUGCAAACGAUGUGGGCCUUGUCUGUGUUGAGUACAGGCUGGUGAAUGGCUCUGAUUCCUGUUCUGGCCGAGUGGAGCUGCAUCAUGAAGGAGUCUGGGGGACGGUCUGCGAUCGCUAUUGGGAUCUACAAGAUGCCACAGUUCUCUGUCAGAAGCUGAAAUGUGGAUAUGCUGUAGCCGGCCUUGGACAGGCCCAUUUUGGGAAAGGCAGUGGUCAAAUCUGGGCUGAUAAAUUUAACUGUGAGGGCAGCGAGGCUGACUUAUUUAAGUGCCCCGCCUCUGAAUAUGGACGAGGUGUCUGCACUCAUGAGAAUGAUGCUGGUGUUAUUUGUACUGCACAGGCAGGUCGAGUCCGGUUGGCAGCCGGGCCGAGUCGUUGUGAAGGCCGGGUGGAAGUUUACUACAACAGGACCUGGGGGAGAGUUCUCCACGACUCCUGGGGCAUCACAGAGGCUUCCGUGGUGUGCAGAGAGCUGGACUGUGGCUCUGCAAUGGAAGUCUCUAACUCCUCUCGAUACGGGACAGGGCACAGUGAUGUGUGUCUGACAGGCAUUCGCUGCACCGGGGAUGAGUCCCAUCUGAUAAACUGCAGCCUUCCACAGCAAGUCAGCUGCAGUACCAGUAACGGUGCGGCUGUGCUGUGCUCCAAUCACACGGCCCUCAGGCUGGUUGGGGGAGGAGGUGCCUGCGCUGGGAGGGUGGAGGUUUAUCACAACGGCUCCUGGGGGACGGUCUGCGAUGACUCCUGGGACCUGGCAGAUGCUGAGGUGGUGUGUAAGCAGCUCCAGUGUGGGACGGCACUCAACGCCUCAGUGUCAGCCUCCUUCGGCCAGGGGACCGGACCCAUCUGGCUGGACGAGCUGCGCUGUCAGGGGAACGAAUCGACUCUGUGGGAGUGUGCCUCAGGAGGGUGGGGGCAACACAACUGCAGACACAAGGAGGAUGCGGGAGUCGUGUGUUCAGAGUUCAAGAAGCUGAGACUGUCUCGGGGCUGUUCUGGACUGGCAGAGGUUUUCUACAAUGGCACCUGGGGCAGCGUCUGCUAUAACGGCAUGAGUGAAAACACAGUUAAGAUGAUAUGCCGUGAGGUCAACUGUGGAGAGAGUUCUGAAAUAUCAAUGCCACUUCCAGCAUCUAGCACUGCGCGCAAGUGGCUUGAUAAUGUUGAAUGCAGAGGGCAUGACUCUACACUGUGGCAGUGUCCAUCUUCACCCUGGGGUCAAAACUACUGCCUGAAUAAUGAGGUGGCUGAGAUUGACUGCAAAGUGGAAAAGAAGCCAACUGUCUCCAGCAUACCCAAGAACUGCUCUGAAGACCUCACUCAGGAGCACUGCUCAGAGCCAGCAGAGCUGAGGCUAGCUGGAAGCUCAAGUCCCUGCUCCGGACGGGUGGAGGUGCGGUUCGAGGGGUCCUGGGGGACAGUCUGCGAUGACUCCUGGGACCUGAAGGACGCCCAGGUGGUCUGCAGACAAGUAGGCUGUGGGGCAGCAGAGAGCACAGGGGGUGGUGAGGCUAUGUUUGGACAAGGGAACGGCAUCAUUUGGCUGGAUGAGGUGAACUGCAGGGGCAGCGAGAUGCACCUGUGGGACUGCCGGCGCUCUCAACUGGGACACAAUGACUGCUACCACAAAGAGGACGUAUGGGUUACCUGUGCAGAAGCCUCUCCAUCCAGGCUGCAGCCACAGAGAGACAUGACCAUCCCAUUGAUAGCCUGCAUCGUGCUGGGAGCUCUGCUCUUUGUGGUGUUGGUCCUGUUAGCCGGGCAGCUGCAGCACAACAGGAUGCUGAGGAGAGGGAUUGCUGAGGAGCUUGACCCCUUCCAUGAAGCCGUUUACGAGGAGAUUGAGUACAAACUGGCCAGACAGGGAACCUAUGAUGCGCCCAGGAGAGGGAGUUUCCUUUCUGAUGAGCUGCCCUCUGACUACGAUGAUGUGGAGGACAGUGAAUCGAUGCCCUCUCUGGAAGGAGAGAUCCCAGGGUACUAUGACGAUGCCGUCCCUAUGAACAGUAACCCCGAAGAUUUAUCAGGAAGUUUCCAUUAUGACGAACUUCCCUCUGGCUACUAUGAUGUGGAGGACAGUGAGGGGAACCCCAUCCAAGGUUUUCCCCUCACUCCCCCUGGAGAGGAGAGCACCCGGGCCGCACUGCCCCCUGAAGAAGGACCCGUUGCACCUGACAGGACUGACUACGAUGAUGUUGGGGAGGAGUCUCCAGGAGAGGGACAUAGAGCAGUGCGGUUAGGCGGUGACAGCAACCUCUGCUUUGGGAGAGUUGAAGUACUGCAUGGGCAGACCUGGGGAACAGUCUGUGAUGCUGACUUUGACUGGCAGGAUGCAGAGGUUGUCUGUCGGGAGCUGAAGUGUGGAAUUCCUAAAGAGGUGCUGGGAGGAGCCCCUUUUGGAGAGGGGCAGGGUACGGUCUGGUCCGAGGAGAUGCAGUGCCAGGGAAAGGAGCCCCAAAUCUAUAAGUGUUUGACUUCAGCCAGCAAGAAGCAGAGCUGCACACACAGGAACGACGUGGGCCUUGUCUGUUUCGGGUACACUGAGUACAGGCUGGUGGGUGGCCCGGACUCCUGUUCUGGUCGAGUGGAGCUGCAGUAUGAUGGUCAGUGGGGGACGGUCUGCGAUCGCUAUUGGGAUCUACAGGACGCCACAGUUCUCUGCAAGCAGUUGAAUUGUGGGUACGCUGUAUCAGUCCCGGGACAGGCCUGGUUUGGUGAAGGCAGCGGUGAUGUACGGACUGAUAUAUUCGACUGUGAUGGCAGUGAGACACACAUAUCAAAUUGCUCCAUCUCUGCAUGGGGACGAGGUAACUGCACUCAUAGCAAUGAUGCAGGAGUGAAUUGUUCAGGUCCAUUGCUACCAGCACAAGCAGGUCGAGUCGGACCUCUACCAAGUAAAUGCAACACCAGUAAUGAAGGGACCACGCUCUGCUCAGAUCACACGGCCCUCAGGCUGGUUGGGGGAGGAGGUGCCUGCGCUGGGAGGGUGGAGGUUUAUCACAACGGCUCCUGGGGGACGGUCUGCGAUGACUCCUGGGACCUGGCAGAUGCUGAGGUGGUGUGUAAGCAGCUCCAGUGUGGGACGGCAUUCAACGCCUCAGUGUCAGCCUCCUUCGGCCAGGGGACCGGGCCCAUCUGGCUGGACGAGCUGCGCUGUCAGGGGAACGAAUCGACUCUGUGGGGGUGUGACUCAGGAGGGUGGGGGCAACACAACUGCAACCACAAGGAGGACGCAGGAGUCGUGUGUUCAGAGUUCAAGGAUCUUAGACUGGCUGAAGGCUGCUCUGGACCAAUAGAGGUUCUCUACAAUGGCACCUGGGGUAGUGUCUGCAGCAACAGAAUGACACAGAUUACAGCUUCAGUGAUAUGUCAGCAGCUGAACUGUGGAGAAAGUGUUUCUAUUAGAGAUGCACAAUCCAGGCUGAGUUCUGAUUACAAAUGGCUUGAUGAAGUGAUCUGCCGAAGACACGACUCUACACUGUGGCAGUGUCCAUCCUUACCCUGGGGUCAGACAAAUUGCGAAAACUAUGAGGUGGCUGCGAUUGAGUGCACAGUGAAAGAGAAGCCGUCUGUCACCAGCAUACCCAAGUCAUGCUCUGAAGACCUCACUCAAGAGCACUGCACAGAGCCAGCAGAGCUGAGGCUAGCUGGAAGCUCAAGUCCCUGCUCCGGACGGGUGGAGGUGCGGUUCGAGGGGUCCUGGGGGACAGUCUGCGGUGAUUCCUGGGACCUGAAGGACGCCCAGGUGGUCUGCAGACAAGUAGGCUGUGGGGCAGCAGAGAGCGCAGGAGGGGGUGAGGCUACGUUUGGACAAGGGAACGGCAUCAUCUGGCUGGAUGAGGUGAACUGCAGGGGCAGCGAGAUGCAUCUGUGGGACUGCCGGCGCUCUCUACUGGGACUCAAUGACUGCGACCACAAAGAAGAUGCAUGGGUUACCUGUGCAGAAGCCUCUCCACCCAGGCUGCAGCCACAGAGAGACAUGACCAUCCCAUUGAUAGCCUGCAUCGUGCUGGGAGCUCUGCUCUUUGUGGUGCUGGUCCUGUUAGCCGGGCAGCUGCAGCACAACAGGAUGCUGAGGAGAGGGAUUGCUGAGGAGGAGCUUGACCCCUUCCAUGAAGCCGUUUACGAGGAGAUUGAGUACAAACUGGCCAGACAGGGAACCUAUGAUGCGCCCAGGAGAGGGAGUUUCCUUUCUGAUGAGCUGCCCUCUGACUACGAUGAUGUGGAGGACAGUGAAUCGAUGCCCUCUCUGGAAGGAGAGACCCCAGGGUACUAUGACGAUGCCGUCCCUAUGAACAGUAACCCAGAAGAUUUAUCAGGGAGUUUCCAUUAUGACGAACUUCCCUCUGGCUACUAUGAUGUGGAGGACAGUGAGGGGAACCCCAUCCAAGGUUUUCCCCUCACUCCCCCUGGAGAGGAGAAUGCCCGGGCCGCACUGCCCCCUGAAGAAGGACCCGCUGCACCUGACAGGACUGACUACGAUGAUGUUGGGGAGGAGUCUCCAGGAGAGGGUGGGGCGCUGUGA